AUGCCUUCUUUUUUCAGAAAGAAGCUUCGGAGAAUAACUACCAUGCCUCUCCUCACUCCCUCCGGUAAACACUUCUCUCUUCACAAACUCGUAGCUAUGUCGACAAUGGUUACGCCUGGUCAUGGAGUACAUCUUCAACCCCUCAAUAAUACCACCGCAGGAGAUCCUCCCCGUCAAGCCUACCUCUCACAUGAAAUUCAAGAAUAUUUACGAAAGCUUUUCGACGAAUUAUCGGGUUCCGAAUCAUGUCUAGGAAGGGAACGCUUCGAGCAGUGGUUGGCAGAUGUGCAAGGCCAUACAGUCAAACUCAAUAAAGAUACAUACAAAGUCGAAGAAUUUCUCGAGUCCCUAUUUUACAGUCAUUCACUCGAGGUGUUGAAGCGCAUACCGGAAUUAGAUCAGUCCAAACCAAUCACCAACUAUUACAUCAGUAGCAGUCACAACACAUAUCUAGAAGGAAAUCAGUUAUUGUCGAGGAGUUCCACGGAAGCAUAUAAAACAGCUCUCACACAAAAUUGUCGAUGUAUUGAAAUAGAUGUACACAAUGGAGAACUACCAGACAAAGACGACAAAUCCAUAUUUUCGAAUAAAGCCGAUCAUAAACGACAACCUUCAGGAACAGGAAGUACGCUUUCCAGUAGAGCUGCGGCAGCUAUAUUGACGGUGGAAGAGAAGAUGGAAAGUGCCAAAGAAAAGUUAGAGAGUGCGAAACAAAAGAUUACAAAAUCGAGUUCGGGAGAUAAACUUAAGGUUUUGGAUGAGGAUGAGAAUGGUGGGCGACCAGCCUCGAUACGAUCGUCCAUGCUUGGAGAGCCCUUAGUCCUACACGGUUGGACCUUGACAGCACCAGUUGGAUUUCGAGCAGUCUGCAAAACGAUUCGAGAAAAUGCCUUUACCACAAGUCCACUUCCCAUUAUAGUCAGUCUGGAAGUCCAUGCCGAUCAUGAACAACAGGAAGUUAUGGUUGAUAUUAUGAAGGAGGAAUGGGAAGGUCUCUUACUCGAUUCUCCAUUCGAAACAUGCAAUCCGGAGGAAAGAGUUCCAAGACUCGACGAACUUCUCAACAAAAUUUUGGUCAAGGUCAAAAAGGCACCGGAAUUAAAAGAGGCACCAGAAGCCUCGAACGAGACUACGAAUGGUUUGCCUACGAAUGGACUAUCGCCCGCAAGCACGGAUACUUUAGAGAAGAAGGCAUCAUCCAACACAUUGGUACCGGUGAUCUCGAGGAAAGAUGCAGACUCUGGGCAGUCCGGCUCCGAAGACGAUCGAGGAAGUUCGAAGAAAAAGGCAAAGAUCUGUGAUAGUCUCAGUAAACUCGGAAUUUAUACUCACAGCGAACAUUUUGUCUCAUUUGAUGUAAGAGCGGCCACCAAACCCUCUCACAUCUUUUCCGUUGGCGAAAAAGUGAUCAACGAGCUUCAUGAACAGAAACGGGAACAGAUGUUUAAUCAUAAUCGUAAUUUUUUCAUGAGAGCAUUCCCAGCUGGCUCACGAUUUGACUCAUCCAAUCUUGACCCUUCGGUCUGUUGGCGUAAGGGCAUUCAAAUGGUUGCUUUGAAUUGGCAAACAUUGGAUGAAGGUAUGAUGUUGAAUGAGGGAAUGUUUGCCGGGUCUCAAGGAUGGAUAUUGAAGCCUCCGGGAUAUCGCAGUGAGGACGUAAAGUCCGAUAUAUGGUCAAAUAUACCCUACAAGACCCUGGAUUUGAAGAUCUCCAUAUUUGCAGGCCAACAAAUCCCUUAUCCCGAAGGUGAGACGGAAAAGGGCUUCCAUCCAUACGUCAAAUGCGAGUUGCACGUCGAAAGUCAAGAAGAGCUCAACGGACAACCAAUCGGAAAUGAUGUCAAGGCGAAAGAGGGCGAACACAAACUCAAGACUGCCUAUAAAUCGGGUAGUAAACCCGAUUUCGAAGGCGAAACCCUUCAUUUUGAAGGUAUUAGGAACGUGGUGGAGGAGUUAAGCUUUGUCAGAUUUAAAAUUGAAGACGCGAAUUACUCCAAAGACGAAUUAGCAGCCUGGGCAUGCAUAAGACUAGAUCGCCUUCAACAAGGUUAUCGACUGAUUCCACUGAAAGAUAUCAAGGGGAAUUCAACGCCAGGGCUUUUGUUGGUUAAGAUUGAAAAAGUUCUUUCGUGA